AUGUCUGAAGGGCACGGUGAACCAAAUAUGUUACGAAAGGAAAGUGUAGUGAACGCGAACGUUCCCACUGACAGUCCUAUAACAGAUCCUGGUCAAGUAAGAGGUGGAAACACUGAUGGAAAUGCUGGAAAAUUCGAAGGGCAACGCGUCAAAUCAGGUGCUUUAAAGAAGGCAGCGCGUUAUCGAAGCAGAUCACUCUCGGCCUCUUCUGCGGAUUCAUAUAGCUCUACUUCCUAUACUGGUAAGUAA